AUGCUUUUGCAAAUAAAAGUUUAUUUGAUAGCCACCGUAUAUCUUUUCGGUGCACUCUUUAUGUAUUUAUUUCCACCAAGAAAUUUUGAUAUGUCUGGUGCUAAACUAAGAACAAGAAGAAGUGUAGAUGACAAAUUCAAAUUAAAAAAAUAUGUAGACUACAACACGCUGUGGUUGACCCUAAAAGAAUUCGCACAGCGUGAUCCAGAAGUCAUUAACUUAAUACAACUGACACCUCUGACAUCGGAGAAUCGUAGCAUAUUUGCUGUGGAAUUGCGUAGUGACAGACAGAGUCGAAAGCCAGGCAUUUUUAUCAUUGCCGCAUUGGAUGCAAUGGCUUGGGGAGCAUCAAAUGCAAUACUCGAGUUUUCACAAAAACUACUCUACGAUGCAAGUUAUCAAACACCGUUCUUCAAUGACUAUGACUGGUACCUUAUUCCGAUGGCCAAUCCAGAUGGUAUAGCAUUCACUCAAGGCCUAAAUUCGCCUUUAGACGCAAAUCCAUUGUUAGAGAAUGCUACAGCAAAACAUCCGUCACGACCCUUAGAAUGGCACAAAAACGUAGACAAUCAGGUGGCGAAGUCAUCAUGCUUUGGAACCAACAUCAAUCGCAAUUUCGCUUAUCAUUGGCAAGAUGACGUAAGUAAAACUCCAAAACGAUGCUCUCAGAGUUAUCCAGGCGAGAGGCCCUUUUCUACAGCUGAAGCCAAGGCAAUACGUCGGUAUGUCGACGGAUUGGGUGAAAAUAUUGGUUUGGCCAUCCACCUUCACGUCAGCUUCGUGCCCAAAAAGGAGUACAUUUUGUACCCAUGGCGCUAUUCACUUCGUCGACCGAGCAAUUAUCAAACGUUGCAAGAGAUUGGUGAAUAUGCAGCUAGGAAAGCGCGUCUGCCCGAUGGCAGGCUUUAUGAGGUCCACCAAAGCAGCAGCGAUGACCGAAUAGCAGGAACACUGGCUGACUACAUGUCGGGAGUAGUGGGCACCGACCUAGUAUUCGUUAUUAAACCACACCACCCUAUGUUUCCCAAUUUCACAGAUACGACAGUCCUCGAUUUAUACGUACAAAAGUCAAUUACGUCAGUGCUGAGCGUUGUACGCGGUUGGCGUAGCAGCACCAAGCUAAAUACUCUGCAUUUCUUCGGCAAAGAGAUCGAGUUCUAA